UUCUUUUUAACUACAUACGUGUGGGUGUGUGAACGAGCACAAAUAGAAGUCCUGUGCCGUAGGCCUAUAAUAGAAGAUGUAUCGAAUCAUUUCGAUUCAUUCUCCAUCCUUGUCUAGAGAGAAGCAGCAUCAGAUGUCAGUGCAGUGAAUCUCUCAAGAAAGUCUCUUGCUUCCAUCCUUCACAACAACUAUUUCCAUCAUGGAUCGUCGAGGUGGCGGCGGAUCUCGGUCUGGAGGCAACAAGAAUGAAGAACUCAUCGUUAAGAGUGCAGACAUGUCAGACGAAGACCAGGAUCUAGCCUGUGAUAUCGCUAAGGACGCCAUGGGGAAGUUCAACGUCGAGAAGGACAUCGCCGCCCAUAUCAAGAAAGAGUUCGAUAAGACCCACGAACCGACCUGGCACUGCAUCGUCGGGCGCAACUUCGGCAGCUACGUCACGCACGAAACAAAGUGUUUCAUCUAUUUUUACAUCGGUCAGAAAGCAUUCCUUCUCUUCAAGUCGGGAUAGAAGUUUUAAAGACAAAUUCUUAUAUUUCAUUUAGAUUAG